AUGCAGAUCAUCCCUGCGGUUGGAAAGUUCCAUCUCAGCGCUCACAAAUUGGCUUUCUUUGCAAGGUACAGCCUCAACUUUGUUCAAGGUGCUGGACAUGUUGAUGGGGAGAUUUUGGAAACCCUAUGGGCACCAUUCAAUAAGAUUUCCCCAACUGCUCAGUCAAUGAGUCAUGCUCAUCGCCAAGAAGUUCUUGACAAUCAUAUGAGAGACUCAAACUGGAAAAAAUUAGUUGGAAUAAUGAAGACUCUCUUGACAAAGUAUAAACGUGCUCUCAAAGGUGUUGAUGAAACAAAGUCUCCUUUUGAUGAACUGUCCCAGUCUCUGAAUCCUGAGAAGAUUUUGAUGUGGGAAAUUGAUGAGAAAAAGGCUGUGGAAGAAUGUGGGGAGUAUCUUGACAUCUACCAGUUGCAGAUCAACAAAGCCCCAACUAUGGCAGAGAUUCGGCUCAAAUUAACUGAGUCUGAGAACAAUGAUGACAGACAUCCAGGAACAGUAUCUUGGCUCAUCACUGAAUGGCUUGACAAAAAAGCUUCUAUAGAAGAAAAGCGGCAGAGAUUGGCAGCUAGGAUCACCAAAUUUCAUGAAACCACCAAUGCUAUGACUGCUGGCAUGGAUCUUGAUAUUGGAACAGUGCAUUCUGACGAUCCUAGAUUCUGUCAUACAGAUAACAAUGGUAAUGAGUGGGUGGAGGUUUCAGAUGAAGAGAUCUCAGAGGAUAUAGAUGAAGAAAUCCUCACAGAAGAGAUGGGUAUCUGGAUGCCAUCUUCAACAUCACAACACAAUAGAUUGACUCUUGGGCUGGGCCCCCUCCAAGCUGAAGAAUUGGAGCUUCGAAAAGGCCAAGCUAAUGACUGCCUAGAAAACCUUCAUAUGGCUCUCGGUCACAAGGCCCUUAUCUAUCGUCAAAGCAAGAAGCUCAUCGAUGUCAGCUCAAAAUUGACAAAUAUGUAA